CACAAUGCCAUUUUGCGGCACGAUAGGCGAGCCAAUACCUUGUACAGGACGCAGCUGGAAACAUGCCCGGCGAUCUGUUCCUCUCGGGCCGGAAGCAGCGUCGCAAUCGGGUAACGGUGACGUUUGGCUCGGCACAGGGGUUCUGGCCACUGGUUGGGCCGUCCGUCCCGCUGGAGGGGGGUCGCUUCGAGAUGACUGCAAUGAUUAGCACCAGGGUUAUAUUCAGCUUUGGGACCUGAAUGGGAUGCUAUCCUGUCCUCUGCAUCGACAACUACUGCGGUA